CUUGUUGCGGUUAGCCGGAAUUUCACUAUAAAAAAGAAUUUUACCCGAAAAGGUCGUACACAGCUAUCAGAACUUGCGACCUUUGUAACAGAGGCUCUAUGAACUACGCUGCUGUUUACUUUCUAUACUUAAUCACCCCAAUCUCACCACUCAGUGAGCAUCCAAAGCUUAUAAUUAUCUCAUUUGAUGGUUUUCGAUAUGACCUGUUGGAUUCGAGACUGGUACCAAAUCUAGCGGAAUGGACCUCCUCAGGAGCCCAUUUCAUCAACGGAAUAGCCCCUCAAUUUCCUGUUUUUACUGCUGUAAACCAUAUGGCAAUAUCUACAGGGCUAUACACUGAGAGCCAUGGUGUUGUUUCGAAUGUUUUCUUUGAUAGAUCGAGAGGCAGAAUAUUCGAUUAUUGGAAUGACACUAAAACACCAGGGAUCUACGAAGCUACGGUAGAUGGGACGUUUUUUCGUCACACUGGCGAACCAAUUUGGAUCACAAAUGAAAGAAGUGGAUUCAGAAGGCGUUCUGCAUGUAUAAACUGGCCAUUUUGCGAGGUACCGUAUCCUAUGGUACCAUCGAGGGCUUCCACGUACAGAGUUGAUUGGAUUGACGAUCGUCCUUUGCGGGAGCGCAAUAAAGAUGUAGAUGAAAUAGUGGAAUUGUUUACCAAUACUUAUUCGCCUGUAAACUUUGUAGCCUGGUACAUCGGUGAACCUGACCGUGUGUUGCAUACACACGGCUUUUAUGAUGGCUAUUAUGAAGAAAGGAUGCGAGAACUCGACAUUCUUUUUGGGUACUUUUUGGAAAAGAUGAAAUCGAGUGGUCUCAGCGACAAAGUCAAUAUCAUCUUCACGGCAGAUCAUGGACACACGCAGGUUAAUGGUGUAGACAGCGUCUUAUGCAUAGAAGACCACGUCGACAUGAAACGCAUACAUUGGGGCUUCAAUAUGAUUUACGCAGAAGAUAAGAAGCAUGCAGAUGAGAUUUACGCAUCGCUAACUCGGGCCAUUAGCGAUAACGGCUACAAAAUUAAGCUGUUCAAAAAAGAGAACUUUGACAACCGCUUUCAUUAUACGGAAGGAGCUCAUUCAAGCCAAAGAAUUGGAGACAUUAUACUCCAAGCGGAACCCGGAUACGAAGUCAAAUUUGACUGUAGCGCUGUGAAAGAAGCAAAAAAUCAACAUAAACCUUUGCAUAUGUCGAUACAUGGACUAGACCCAAAUGAGCCGGAGUCGCGCGCAGUGCUUGUCUUGCAUGGACCUAGCGUCAAAAAAGGACAGAAAAUAGACCGGAUUCCUCAAAAUAUUGAUCUCUAUCCAUUGAUGUGCUAUUUUCUUGAGAUCGAACCUGCUCCAAACAACGGGACGAUGCUUACCUUUGAAACAAAUGUUGAAUUCACAGACAUACAUAGAUCCUUUUAUCACGGCUUUACAAUAAUUGUGGUCCCCCUUGUUGGUAUGGUAAUAUUAUUGAUAGUCGUGGCAGCUACACAAUGCUGUAAAGGAGCCUGCACUAGCAGACGUGCAGAAUCGGAGCAGAGUGAUCGCAGUAUUGUAUCAAGAAGAAAUGUUGAAAAAUCCAGCGGUGAAAAAGAACAUGGUCGAUCGCCAGAUGUGGACAAAAAUCUAUGAAAAACUUCAUGAAAUGACUCAAAUUCAUAUCGCUAAUAAAG